GCGGCGCGGGUCACAAAUAAAAAAGCAGCGGCGACUCGGUCACGAGUGGUACUGCAUUUCAUGUCCUUCUGCUUUUUCAGACAGGCAAACUAGGAAAUUACUAGAGACUGUCGAGAACUAACGUCAAGCAAGCUUUCCUCAGUCCUUUUGCUGAUAACACUGUAUCUGGUACAUUGCUGAAGUAAGUUGGAGUAAAUAGUGUGGGAGACGUAACUCUCAACCUCAGCGCAAGAAAUCUGGAUAAAGCCUAAAGUAAUAGGAGAGCAAAGGUCCAAAAAUAGAGACAGAUUUUAAAUAUUGUUCUUAGAAAGUUGCUAGAAUUACAGAAUGUGGGUUAGCGUGCAUUUUCUGAAGACUAUGAAGUCCAAAACUCAAAUGUAUGCCACUGUUUAGUGACUUCUAUCUUCAGCGACUUGCCAGAAAAGCACAAAUUUAAUGCAAAAAAGACCAAAAAUAUUAGGCAAAAAUAUAGACAUUCUGCUUAAAUCUGGACAGUUGAGCUGUACGCUAAAGAAACUUUCCAAACUACCGCAGCUGCUGUCUGCAGCCCAACAGUUUAGCCACAAACUUCCGGGUCUGUUGUCUAGUGUUCUCAUUUUGGCGGAGUUCCUGCUCAGAGCGAGCCCUCUGUGAUUUGCGUUUUGUAUCUUCGUAGCGGCUUUCAGAAUGUUUGCUGAACGGCAGUGGUGGGCAAGUGUUUUCAGCCUUGGUGUCUUGCCCUUACCAGUUGGUAUGGGCUUUGUUAUGAAAUGAAGAAAACGGAGGAAGAGUCCCUGCACUUGUACAUAAUUGUCGUAAUGGUUCAAGUACAGGUGAUAGCACCUGAAACUUAGGAUGCAGUCGUGAGUUGCAGCUUGACGUCCUGUCUUAAGGUUUAUUUUAAGAAAACGGACGAUUUACGUAACUCUGAAAGCUGAAUAAACGGCGUUAGUAAUAUGGAUAGAGACAGAAAUAAGAAAACAUUAAUGGAAUUGCUUAAGAUGAACGGGAAUAGAGAAUGCGCGGACUGUAGCGCUCCAGAUCCAGACUGGGCUUCAUUUACAACUGGUGUUUUCAUUUGCUUAAAUUGCUCUGGCAUCCAUCGAAACCUUCCUUCAGUAAGCAGGGUAAAAUCUGUUCGACUUGACUUCUGGGAUGAUGACCUUGUAGAGUUUAUGAGGGAAAAUGGAAAUCCUAAAGCAAAGAGCAUCUAUGAAGCUAAAGUUCCUCCUUUCUAUUACAAACCACGAGCAGAAGACUGUCUUGUUUUAAGAGAGCAGUGGAUACGUGCCAAGUAUGAAAGGGAAGAGUUUACAAUGAACGCUUCUCAGCAUGAUGGUGGCGUGACAGGUAACCGAGAAGGAGUGCUAUGGAAACGGGGAAGAGAUAAUGGGCAGUAUCAUAAAAGAAGAUUCAUACUGUCAGAAAAAGACGGCACAUUGAAAUACUACACUAAAGAUGAAUCAAAGGGUCCAAAAGCUACGAUCAACAUUAAAGAUCUGAAUGCAACAUUUCAGCCUGAAAAAACUAGGCACCCCAAUGGACUUCAAAUAACUUACACUAAGGACGGCCACACAAGAAGUAUCUUUGUAUAUCAUGAAUAUGGGAUGGAAAUUGUCAGUUGGUUUAAUUCAAUCAGAGCAGCUCGCCUGUAUUACCUUCGGAAGGAGUUUCCAAAUACUAGUGAAGCAGAGCUUAUUCCAAGAAUAACAAGGAAAUAUUUAAAAGAAGGUUACAUGGAGAAAACUGGCCCAAAGCACAAAGAGUCCUUCAGGAAGAGGUGGUUUAGUCUGGACUUGUAUGAAAGAAAGCUACUGUACUUUAAAGAUCCAGUGGAUGCAUUUGAACAAGGAGAGGUUUUUAUUGGAAGUUCAGACCAUGGAUAUGAGGUACUAGAUAACAUACCCUCAGGAGUGCGAGGCAACAAAUGGAAGUAUGGCAUCACUAUAGUAACUCCAGAGAGAAAGUUUGUGUUUGCUUGUGAGAAUGAACGGGAGCACAAGGAGUGGAUCGAUGCAUUUAAAGAAGUCAUAGCAAGACCUAUGUCACCACAGGAUUACACAGCUGAAGCUGCUGUUCAACGAAAAAGAUGACAUUUUGUAGAGUUGGGUCUACAAUGGACUUAAUGUGAGAGUUAAUCACAAUGCAUGGAAACUCUACAGCAGUGGAAUAAGGCCACAAGUGGAGGAAUUUCAGCUUCAGACUGACACUCUGAAGGACUGAUUUGGCUACAGUUGAAGACUGCUAGCUUGUAACCUGACUUGUUCACUACCACCUGGGCUUACUCAACAGCAUGUGUGGGAGCUUACUAAUUUAUGAAACAAAGAACACUUUUUAUGCAUUUUAACAGACAUUUUAUAGCUCUCUGUAUUUUAUGGAGCAGAUAUUAUAUGAAUCAGUGUUGAGACAGUAUUAGUGCUGUUUGUUAUUUAAAGGUGGUUUUAUGGAAUGAACAUUUCUCAUGAGCAAAUGAUAGAUUUCUCAGAAAAAAUGAGAAGUCACUGUUGCAUUGGGCAGUCAUAGAUCUUCAGUACAGAGGAGGAAAUACAGUUUCAUGUUAGUGACAACAUUAAAAGCACUUGUAGUCCAAGCCUGUGUCCAAAACUGAAAUUUCAGCAGUGACCAUGUCCAUGCUAUACUGCAGUAAGACUCGACAGGGAAGACAGGAGAUUAUAGAGCAGAAAUUGGUUUAGAGGUAUGCAUCAGGUCAGCGACAUAACAAUAUGCAGCAAAUAUACUUUUUGAAUGUAUUUACUUAUAUGUGUGUAUAUGUCAUGUUUUCUGUAUCCAAGGAUGCAUGUGGUAAAAGUGACUGCAGCACUUAAGAGUGAAAGACUGAAUUUUUGGAAGAUUAUAUUAAUGUAAAAAUACAAGUGAGCAUUUUCCAGUAAAAAAGCACAUGAACUCAGAAUGUACGAGUUAGUGUUUUUGCAUUAUGCUUUAUUAGAAAAUGAUAUACACAAGGAAGACUUUUUGUUCAAACCAUUUAUUUUCACUUUUUUCCAGAAGCAGAAGUAUUUGUUUGAGUUUCUGCUAGCUUUGAAUGCUUUAGGGACCAAGUUGAUCACAUGUAAACUGUGUAAAUUACAAGUAUACUACUCAGACUGAAGUCUUCAAAAAACAGAGCUCAGAAAUGGUAUGCCUUACUGUCCAGAAAUAAAAACCUCAAGAGUGCUAAAUCAAAA